AUGCGACACUCGAAGACGGGCAUACAACCUUCGAAAAUCACCAAAACCAACGAAAAACAAAUUCUCAAAUCAACAUACACCCAUUUGAGGAUAGCUGGACCGAGAAAAUUCAAAGUCGGUGAUGUUGUACGAAUCAGUAAGACGAAACACGUUUUUAAAAAAGGCUAUACGCCCAAUUGGACUACGGAAUUAUUCAAAAUUAUCAAAGUCAACAUUACCAACCCCGCCACCUUUAUGCUAGAAGAUGUGCAGGGUGCACCUAUUAGGGGUGCUUUUUAUGGAGAAGGAUUACAAAAAACCGCAAAUGAUAUAUAUCUCGUGGAAAAAGUCUUGAGGAAGAAAGAUAAAAAAAU